AUGGGUUGGCGGAACCUUUGACUGUCCCAGCUCCUGAAGGAGACCCAUUAGCUUUUAGAAGCCGUGGCUCAGCGAGCCUGGUAAAUGUUCCAUCUCGAUGCUAACGUGAACGUCCUUUCGCCAGAUAACAUGCCUUCUUUACCGUGUCUUUGGGGGAAAAACGCUGCUGGAGAACCUUUUGCCCCUCCGAGACCCAGAAGGAUGAAAGUCAUCACUUGUGAAAUAGCCUGGCACAACAAGGAGCCGGUGUACAGCCUGGACUUCCAGCAUGGGACAGCUGGGCAGAUCCACAGACUGGCCUCUGGAGGGGUGGACACUACCGUGAGGAUAUGGAAAGUAGAAAAAGGACCAGAUGGAAAAGCCAUUGUAGAAUUUUUGUCCAAUCUUGCUCGCCAUACCAAAGCCGUCAACGUUGUGCGUUUUGCUCCAAAUGGGGAAAUUUUAGCCUCAGGAGGAGAUGACGCUGUCAUCCUGCUGUGGAAGGUGAAUGACAACAAGGAGCCCGAGCAGAUUGCUUUCCAGGAUGAUGAUGAGGCACAGCUGAACAAGGAGAACUGGACCGUUGUCAAAACUCUGAGGGGUCACUUGGAAGACGUCUAUGAUAUCUGCUGGGCAGCCGAUGGGAACGCAAUGGUUUCCGCCUCUGUGGACAACACAGCUAUCAUGUGGGACGUCAGUAAAGGACAGAAGAUAUCAAUUUUUAAUGAACAUAAAAGUUAUGUACAAGGAGUAACCUGGGAUCCUUUGGGCCAAUACAUCGCUACCUUGAGUUGUGACAGGGUGCUGCGGGUGUACACCACACAGAAGAAACGCGUGGCCUUUAAUGUUUCCAAGAUGCUGUCCGGAAUAGGGGCUGAAGGAGAGGCGAGAAGUUACCGCAUGUUUCACGAUGACAGCAUGAAGUCUUUCUUCCGGAGGCUCAGCUUCACGCCGGACGGGUCCUUGCUUCUCACACCAGCUGGAUGUGUGGAAGCUGGUGAAAACGUAACCAACACCACUUACGUUUUCUCCCGGAGAAACCUGAAAAGGCCUAUCGCUCAUCUUCCGUGUCCUGGAAAAGCAACGUUUGCUGUUCGCUGCUGCCCAGUCUACUUUGAAUUGAAGCCGGUAGUGGAAGCAGGCCCGGAGCUGAUGAACCUGCCGUACCGCAUGGUGUUUGCGGUGGCUUCCGAGGACUCCGUGCUCUUCUAUGACAGCCAGCAGUCUUUCCCCUUUGGCUACGUGUCUAACAUACACUAUCACACCCUGAGCGAUGUUUCUUGGUCUAGCGAUGGGGCCUUCCUGGCCAUCUCCUCCACGGACGGCUACUGCUCCUUUGUGACAUUUGGGAAGGACGAGCUGGGAGUCCCUUUGAAAGAGAAACCCGUUUUGGACCUGCGAAGCCCCGACACAGCAAAGAAAGCAAAGGGUCAGACACAACAAGGGUCUUCCCCUGGACCCAGAUCGGUGGAAGGCACUCCCACCAGUAGAACCCAGGACCCCAGCAGCCCCAGCACCACCCCACCUCAGGCCAAGCUGCCCCCAGCCCCGGCAGCAGUCAAGGACCCGCUCUCAACCACGCCCAGCCUCAAGGGCGCUCUGCCAGGGUCUGCAGAGGAGAAGACCCCACAGGCCAGCGGCCCUGGCGGGAAAGCCCCCCAGCCCCGCAGGGUCACUCUGAACACGCUGCAGGCCUGGAGCAAGACAGCACCCCGGAGAAUAAACUUGACGCCUUUAAAAACAGACACCGUGCUGAAUGCUGUGCCGUCCGGUGUAACCUCCACUCCCUCCACAGAGGAAGCUCAGUCAGAGCCGCCUACAGAACCUCAGUGCUCUGAGCCCAAAGAGAAACAUCCCCGGCUCAGUGACAACAGUGCCAGCACCCCGAGUUCGGACCCUUGAGGAGCACUGACUUGCACACCGGGGACACCCAUGUGCACAGAGGAAGGCGGGGCUGGGGGUGCCCAGGACCAGGGCCGUCAGCCAAGCUGGGAACAGUCCUGUGCGGAUUGUGUCCUGUAACAGGAAACACACAUAUCCAGAUUUUCCUCCAGAAACAUGUUUGUCGUAUCCAGUGUAUGUUAUUUUUAUUGUGGUAAAAGGUAUGUCUAAUGAAAUAUGUUGCUUUUCCAGUAGUCUCGCCAUGGACAGCUUUGUGACAUUGAUUGAGCUCAUCUUAGCAGCCACCCCCACUGUUGCUGUAACCCGCAGAAGCAGCUCCCCUAAGUGCCUCCUAGGCAGUGAGCCUCCUUUCCCCCCACCCUGCCCAGGUGACCACCAAUAAGGCUUGGCCCCCAGAUGUUGGCCUGCUUCACGUCAGCGAUGUCACACAAUAGGUAUCUGCCCGCCUGUUGACUGACUCAGUGCCCUCAGCCUAGCGUUCCAGGUCCCUCCGUGUCUGCGCGGCGCGGCAGGGUUUCCUGUCUCUCCCUGACCAAGGGACAGUCCAAAGUUGGUGGAAGAACAGAAGUGGAACAUGACGGAACUUUUCUUUCUCCCCGCUAGUCCUUUGAGGGGGCUGAUGACAUCAUAAACGAAGGGGGCUCCUGCCUUCUGGCUGUGGUUCAUCAGCUGCAGUGAACCCUGGUGCUUGGCGUACACUUGAGCUCAGGCGUGUGAGCCUUUUAGUGUUGUAGACCAAGAAGCAGCAAACUUGAGAUGGAAGUGCCAACCCUGCCCCUCACAGCAAUGUGAAAACGAUUCGAGAGUCAGCAAUAUAUUUUUACGAAUAAAGGUUUAAAGUAACAUUCUAAUGAAA